GUCCUCCAGAGUCCACAUGCUAAUUGCAUUUUUUACAGAAUCUACAUUUUGUUGUUGCUUUGCUACUACUUGCUUGAUUUAAUUAGAAUCAAGAUCAUUUAUCCAUGGUUGAGAUUUUAUUUCUUUCUUUAGGAGGUGUAGUUAAAAAAAUUUAACCUUUUUCCAAAUGUAGACAUAUCAUUGUUUUUCACUGAAAACAAAUUAAACAAGAGGCAGAUGAAAACGUUUUGAAUGUUUGCACUUCUCCUUUUUUUCUUUUCUUUCAUGUCGCUCAAACUUGUCCUUCUCUCUCUCUCCUAUUCUCUCACAAAACGAAAAAAAAAAAAAAAAACACCAAUGAAAAGAUUGACAACUCUGUCUCAUUGAAUGUGUGAAAUAAUUUCUUCUUCUUUUUUUUUUCUUUUUUUUUUUUUUUUUUACAUUCACUAUUCAUUGUAUUUUUCAGCCUGCGAAGAAAACCCAAUAUGCAAGCUAGUUUUUAGCCAUUAAUGCUCUCUUGCUUCUUCAACCUCUCUCUCUCUCUCCCCUACUCCCCCCCCCCCCAACAACAAAACCCAUCGUUUUAAAUACCCUUUUGGGGCCUUUUUUUCUCCGUUACAGCCAAUGAAUCAUUAAUCUUUUUUUAUCCAAAGAAAUGUCUAAGACUACUCCUCCAGAGGACUCAAGUGACAAGAUGACCCACUUGAUGUUCUUGAAGAAAUUCAAGCACUUGAACCCUCUUGAGCCUUCUUUGGGCACUCUUGGCUUCAUCUUGAUCAUUGUUCUCUUCGUUAGUUGCUUCUUUUACUUGGAUUCCCUCUCUGUUGCUCGUCGGAUUCGCUCUCAAGGGGUAGCUUGGCUGGGAGUACACGGUGCUUCAUCAAUGCCAUCAUCAUCAUCAUCUUCUUUGUCUUCACCUUGUGAGAAUGCACGGCCGCAAUUUCUUGAUGAAGGUGGAGAUGAGUGUGAUGUGUUUGAUGGGAAUUGGGUUUGGGACGAGACCUACCCUCUGUAUCAGUCUCAAAAUUGCUCUAUCAUGGACCAGGGUUUUAGAUGCUCUGAGAGUGGCAGACCUGAUGCUUUCUAUACCAAAUGGCGUUGGCAACCCAAAGCUUGUAACUUGCCCAGAUUUGAUGCAGGGAAGAUGCUGGAAAAGCUACGGAACAAGCGCCUUGUAUUUGUUGGUGACUCAAUUGGUAGGAACCAAUGGGAAUCCCUCCUCUGCAUGCUUUCCUCUGCUGUUCCUAACAAAACCUCAGUCUAUGAGGUGAAUGGGAAUCCAAUCUCAAAGCAUUCGGGUUUCUUGGUGUUCAAGUUUGCAGACUUCAACUGCAGAGUUGAAUACUACAGAUCGCCAUUUCUUGUUCCGCUGGGCCAUCCUCCAGCCAGGACCCCGGCAAAAGUGAAGUCGACUUUGAGAGUGGAUCAAAUGGACUGGAGUUCCAACAGCUGGAAAAAUGCAGAUGUGUUAAUUCUCAAUGCUGGCCAUUGGUGGAGUUACGAGAAGACCUUAAGACAGGGUUGUUACUUUCAAGAAGGGAAGGAAGUGAAGAUGAAUAUGAGUGUUGAAACUGCAUUUCGGAGAUCUAUUGAGACAGUGAUAAAUUUUAUUAGUACUCAAGUUGACACAAGCAAGACGCAUGUCUUCUUCCGAACCUUUUCUCCUCUCCAUUUCAGAGGUGGGGAUUGGAAUACUGGAGGUGGUUGUCACUUAGAAACGCUACCUGACUUGGGUGCACGUCCUGUUCGAUCCGAGAGACAUUUUAAUAUUGUCUAUGAAGUGUUAGCAGAACGUUCAGAUGAGUUCCAAACGAUGAAAUUAGAUAUGCUGAAUGUGACAAAUAUGUCUUGGGGGAGAAAAGAUGGCCAUUCGUCAGUUUACUAUCGAGGGCCUAAACAUGGGAAAGCCGCUCUAAACCAUCAAGACUGCAGCCACUGGUGCCUGCCUGGUGUGCCUGAUUCAUGGAAUGAGCUUCUUUAUGCUCUUUUCCUUAAGCGAGAAUUGAUCCGCACAAGAAAUUUAACAAAAUCAUACUAAGUUUUCAUUUUGAUUUGUAUAGAAGGCAUGCUUGCUGCAUAUAUCAACAUGAUAAACUCAUUUAAGGAAUUGAGUGUACAGAGAAAAGAAAAGGAACAUGACACUGCUUAUGUAAAUUUUAGCAAUAUUUGUUUAUGGAAAAAUGGAAAGCUGAGAGUCUGUUGCACACUUGCAAGAAAUAAAAUGGAAAUUUGCAGGUUCAGGAAAA